CAUCUCUUCUGGAAGUUUUGGUGGAAGAAUUCCACCCAUCACCACAUUCGGCCCGGGUCUUUACGGUUAUCAUCCUCGCCCACGUGUCGCCGUGCAUCAUGCAACGCUGUCUAUCAUCAAGGGAGCAUUGGCCUUGAUGUGCGGUGCGGGGUCUUCCGUCCAGAGUCACCUCACCAGCUCAACAGCACGCAAUGGGGUGGAAUACCAAUCCCUAAGGUUGAUUGUCCGCGAUGUCAUUUUUGUUGUCACCGCCCGUCUAUCUAUAAGUGAGCACUCGCGUAAGCGUGAGAAGUUCGAGUACAUCAUCAAAAUCAUUGGAACAAAACCCAUAUAG